AAAACUGCCAUUUUGUGUCCUCUAUCGUCUCUAGGCAGCCUCUCAAAGCAAAGUUUCCCCUGAUAGAAGAGGUCUAAAAUUAGUGAGCCCCUAUGACUGUCUUGGCCUACUGUGUCGGAUUCCAUUCACAGACUCCGUCUAUCCUAUCGCAGCACCUGCUCCUAGCUGUAACACCCUAUUAAGCUUGGCAGAGACAUGCACCUAUGUCCAAGCAUGAUUAAAAAAGCGUCAGGUCAGGUUCAUCCUGUACUUUUUUUGUGCAUGCUUGUCUCUCUUUUUUUAAAAAGUGGUGUCAAUUAAUGUUUGAAAUAAGAGGGGUCUGUGAGCUCAGACAGGGCUAACAGUACUGGAGUCGUAGCAUUUUUUGGACUUAGCUUGAGGGGCUGGACAUAUCUGUGCACUGAGUGGCCUUCGAUGAAGGGUCAGUUUGGCACUCACAGGAAACCUGGACCCCCCAGUUGGAGCCUCAUUCACAGCUCAUGGUACAGUGCAUAACUGUCCCCUGUGAAUGUUCUCUGGAGGGGUUGUUUCAUUCAAACUGGCCACAUGGAAAACAGCAGAAAAAGGUCUGAAAGCAUUCAACAACUGAUGAGUGACAAGUUCAUGCAUUUAUAAAAGGCUCAAAUGAGACAACCCAAUGUCUGCGAUAUCUGACGAGAAGAAAUGGAACGCUGGGUUCUAGAGGGCGACAGCUACUCGUUUCUUCGCAGCGCUCCACACACGUUCAACCUGCAGAGUCGUGAAGGGCCAAAUCGUGUGGAGAUCUUUGACAUCACUUCAAUCCCCAGCCAUCAUAAUGCCAUAUCUGAAACAACCUGCCUGUGUGACAUUUUUGGGGAUGACGGCGAGUCUCCAUCACUUUCCAGUAGCCCAGCCUCUGCCACAUUUAUCAGGAGAGAAGUGGAUCGGUCUUUUCCAGUAGAUGAUGCCAAUGACUCUUCAGGAUCUUAUCACACUGCCAAUGGAUCUGACUUAAGCGACAACGCUGAAGUAACUUACAACACACCUUCUCCAGAAAAUACACCGGAUUUUUCCACAUCUGAGACCAGGGAAUCAUUUUCACCACCAGCUAAAUCACCCAUCUUGUCUGAUUCCAAAAAUGGACUUAACCAACUAGACUGCACACCACCUGCAUCCAAAGUCAAUAGUAAUGACCUGCUUUCACAUUCAGAUAACUGGGAAAAAUCCCAAGUGUCAGUAAUCACUGCCCCAGUGAAUGAAACGGGAAUCACAAAUGCAUCUGAACCACCGUAUGUGAAUUCAACACCAGCUACUACCUUGAUUAAUCCAGCAAAGGAACCUUCUAAUCCUAAAUCCUGCUCUUCAGAAGAGCAAGAAGGAAUUAUUACAACACCUCAGCACAUAAGUACGAGCCCAUUUUUAGAUAAACAAAUAUUUGAGUCAGACUGUGGAUCUUUGGCAGUAUCUCCAGUUGAACAAAAUGAUGUGAUGUCUUCUGAGGACAAAGAGGGUAUGGUCUAUUGUAGUCCACGAGAGCAAAACAUUCUCUUUGCACAAGGGACGAUGAACAGUGGCUCUGCAUCAGAACUGUCAAACCCUUCUCCAACAGAUUGCAGCCUUAUGCAAGAAAUGUCUACUUCACUUUCAAACAGAGAUAUUAACUUUCUACCCAUACCCAGUGUCAUGCCAGAACCCAGAUUAACCUCCACCUCCCCUGUAAGCAGGGAAAAUACCUCCACACCUGCAUCCACAGGUAGAUCUUCACCUGAGCUGCUGAAUUUGUGUCCAACUCAAGUUAGGAACACAUCGGAGACUCCACACUUGGAGGACACUUAUGGUGCUACUUUAUCUGUAUCUACACUGCCUGCCAGUGAUAAUGUGGAAAUAGAUUCCCUAACUGUGUCUGACAUUUCUACUGUAACAAGAGGACUGGUAUAUUCAUCCACAGAUGGAAGAGAAAGACUGGAAUCACCUGAAACCUGCUCUUCUCCUGAUCACUCAGCACCUGCUCACUCACAAGAACCAGUACUGAUUCACUCCUCUGUAGGUUACACCAUCAGCCCAUCACCUACAUAUGAGAAAAUAUGUUCUUCAGCCGAACCUGAAGACUCACCAUCCUCCCCUGUAUCACCUGAAAUCAAUGAAACCUGCUCUUCUCUUGAUCAAUCAACACCUGCUCACUCAGAAGAACAAGUACUGAUUCACUCCCCUGUAGGUUACACCAUCAGCCCAUCGCCUACAUAUGAGAAAAUAUGUUCUUCAGCCGAACCUGAAGACUCACCAUCCUCCCCUGUAUCACCUGAAAUCAAUGAAACCUGCUCUUCUCUUGAUCAAUCAACACCUGCUCACUCAGAAGAACAAGUACUGAUUCACUCCCCUGUAGGUUACACCAUCAGCCCAUCGCCUACAUAUGAGAAAAUAUGUUCUUCAAUUGAACCUGAAGACUCACCAUCCUCCCCUGUAUCACCUGAGAUCAAUGAAACCUGCUCUUCUCUUGAUCAAUCAACAUCUGCUCACUCGCCAGAACAAGUAAUGAUUCACUCCCCUGUAGGUUACACCAUCAGACCAUCUCCUACAUAUGAGAAAAUAUGUUCUUCAGUCGAACCUGAAGACUCACCAUCCUCCCCUGUAUCACCUGAGAUCAAUGAAACCUGCUCUUCUUCUCAUCACUCAGCAUCUGCUCACUCGCCAGAACAAGUAAUGAUUCACUCCCCCGUGGGUUACACCAUUAGCCCAUCACCUACAAAUGAGAGAAUAGUUUCUUUGACUGAACCUGAAGGCUCACCAUCCUUCCCUGUAGUCACAAGGAUUGAUUACAGGGAUAUUUGCUCUUCUGCUGAUCACUCAGAACCAGUAAUCAUUCACUCAUCUGCAUGUUACAACAUCAGUCCAUCACCUACAAAUGAGAGAGGGGUUUAUUCAACUGAACCUGAUGCCUCAACAUCUUCUCCUUGCGGUCACAGUGAUAUGCACUCCUCUUCUGAUCACUCCAUUCCAGCUCACUCACCAGAACCUGAAAUAAUUCACUCACCGAUGGGUUAUACCAUCAGUCCAUCACCUACAAAUAAGAGAAUGUUUUUUUCAGCGGAACCUAAUGGCCUACCAUCCUCUCCUGCCAUCACAGGAACUGAUUACACAGCAACACCAACAUGUAGUAGAGAUUCCACACCUGCGUUAAGGAGCAUUACCUCCACUCCAAACAGCAGAGAAAAUUACCUUACACCAGAGCCCAAUUCCCCAGCCCCUUCACUGGAAUUGAGAUCAGUUACCUGCUCACCUGAAAUCAAAACAAUAUCAUAUAGUGUUCUGCCACAAAAUACAAAAUCCCCAGGCAUCACAUAUAACGUUACACCAACCGAAGAUUUAGCACCAUCACCUGCAGUAGAGACAAAUGUCUGUGGCAACUCUUCUGAAACUUCCAGCUAUCUUUUUGGAAAUUACGCCUCUGUCUUACCUAGCUCAAGGAACUUUUUGCCAACACCAGAGAGUGGAUCAAGGCCCUCAUCAGCUACAUUAGACCAUACCAAACACACAGCACUAUCCUCUGAUCUCCAACCUGAGCCUUCCAUCACUCUUGAAAAGGCAGAAAAUCAGAGUUUAUCCAUAAUCUGUGAUGGAGUUAGUCAUCCUUUCGCUAACCCAAUAGACCAUUUUGAUUGUUUUGAUGACCAUGCUGACACAAAGACCCUCAAAAGCCUUGCAUUUGUCCCAGAUAAAUGUAAAGGCAGUGGACCACCAGUUCAGAUACUGCAAGAUUCAACCUCUAAAACCUCAGAUUCUGGAUCGUCCACAAUAAAAAUUGAGAAAAGUCAAGAAAUUGUCGCUGACAACACAACUGAUUCAACAUUAUGUAGAACACCAACCUCCCCUCGUCCAUGGGAUGCAUCUCUGCCGAAGCCAGUGGCAUCUGUAGAGAAGAAACAAUGCCAUGUUGAGGUUUUUGAUAGGAACAAGGGAACAGAAAUGUUGAAAAAUGAUUCCCCAAGCAGUGACAAGAGGCUUAGCCAAGUGCCUGUAGCAUUAAGAGAAAGCCCAGGGGUUAUCAGUAGGGACAAUGGUGGUGAAUUUGACAGGCAGCCAUGCAGAGAAAAAGAGGAGAGUGGAAAAAAGGAGGGAGAGGGGGAGGAGACUAUGGGAGAUAGUAGUUACAGAGGGGAACAGGUUGAGCUGUCAUUCAGUGCCAGGAAUAGACAAGGGCCUGCAGGCCACAGCCCAGCUCUCUCAAGUCGAGACCCAAAGUCGGGAAUUCCAGCUCGCUGUUAUUUUGAGUCGCACCCAACAACUUUGCAGCAACAGAGUCAGCUCAGAGCUCAGGGCUCACAACAAGAGAACAAGGGUGGCGCCAGGAGGCUCCAGUCAGCUGCCCAGGGUAAAUACAGCAGCACAGGCUUUCUUCCUCCUGAAUGUACUGGUGAGACCUCCAGCAUGGGAAGUGAAUUUGAUGAUGCAGACAAUGAAGUAAAGUGGUUUACAGAUCUAGCCUUCAGAAGCCUAUCUAGUCCUCAAGUGGAUUAUUUGGAUGUGUAUAAUUCAAGCCACAGGUCAUCUACAAAUGUUUCACAGCCAUCGACUGUAGACAGCCCUGGUGCUGUUGCAUGGAUGACCUACGCAGACUUACGUGGCUCAGCGUUACAUGAAAAUGAUGGUUCGUCUUUUUUACCCCGUGACGGCCUGGACCCAAACAAACGCUUUGAAAUGGGGAGUUUUGAGUGUGUGGAUGUUGCAUUAGAGAGCAAGGAAGAGUCCAGUAGAGGAAAGAGGACAGUACCUAAAAGGCAGAUCCAGCUGUUACGGCGGAACACAGAUGAAUCAAAACAUAAAGGAAACUAUGAAAAUAUUUUGAAUUCACCCUCCACAUACAGACGCUCAAAAGACGCACUUGUUCGUCAACAUAGCACACCAGCUUUUGUGCAAGAGGAAGUUUCCAAGGAGGUGCCAGAUUCACCACAAAAUGACAGGAAAAAGACCUUGCAGAAGUCUGUGUCUUUAGAUGGUGGCUUCCCUAAAACACAAAUGGCAUCUUGCAUUAUCAAGAGUGUGUUGUCAAAGAAAAUGCAGGAUGUGCAGAAAGAGACAUCAAAAAGUACAGACCCAAGUCCUUCUGGAGAUAAAAACAAACAUCCUGAUGUCAGGCCCAGCUCUUUUGAUGGUGUACCAAGUACCAUGGAGAAACAUCGUUUAAGCUCUAGCCAGCAUUCUGAAUGUACUCUUUCAUCUGAAGAUUUUGCUGUUGGAGAGGAGAGAAUUCCACAUCAUCAGCCGAAGAAGUGUGCUCCAAAAGUUCCUCCAAAGCCAUUCUUAAGACCUGCAUUUUUUAACAAUGGGGAAGCUCAGGUAGCUGGCAACAUUGCAAGAGAAGAAACAAAGCCUAUAGUGGCCCCUCCACAAGUUGAUGACAAAAUACAAAACCGCAAGAGUGAUAGGAAAGAGAGAGGAGGUAGCAACCCUAAAGAGAAGCACAAUAGUGACUCAUCAAAUGCCAGUAUCAGUAACACAAGUCCUGUUGUUGCUACACCAGCAAUAAGCAUGCAGAACAGAAUGACAACCAGAGACAUAAAAAAGCGCCAGAUUACACCGGAAAACCAGGAACAACUGGCUGGAAAGAGUGUAUUUAUGUCGAAAACCCCAGAGAUAACUUUGAAACCUUCUUCUAUCAAAGGAAAAAAGAUAUCUUCUCUGAAGGUGUCUUUGUCCCCUGACUUGGAACAGUCCAGAGAAAUAUCUGAAUAUCAGGCAAUGGAGAAAGCUGCAGAAGAUAUAAGCACGAAAUCUACUAAAGUCAUAGAGACAGAAGACGAUAAUGACAGCAACAAAAAAUCUGUUAUACAUAGAGUUAGGGAUGUGAGGAAGUUAGUGAAAAACACAUACAACCUGUCUUUCAAAGCAUCAAAUUCAACCUCUACUGCAGAAGAGACAGUGAUUCAAGGGAAAAAAGGAGAGAAGCCGCCGCAAACUCCUCCAGCCUUGCACAUUGAAUGUAAAGCCAUCAGUUGGAAGGACAAACAAACAUCAGGCAGCAAAGCAAUCCCCUGUCAUGGUGAAAAACAACCUGUUGACAUAUCAAAAAUAUCACAACCGUGGGAGUGCGCAGAGACAAAAAGAGUUGCUGACAUCACUGAAAUAACAUCCAAAGGCUCUUCGCCAAAGACUGAGUCAAAACAAAAAGCACCAUAUUCUCACUCUACAACCACAGAUGGAUUACCUGAAUCGGAAUGUAUCAAUAAGAGAUCUUACAUUCACUGUGAUCAGAGUUCUAAAAUGCCACCUAGGCCCCCAAGUAAGGAGCGAGAAGUUUCUGCAUUGGUGGUUCUACCAGAUUGCACAUCCAAGACAAAGACCGUUUCCCCUACAAUCCUUGACUCUACUCAAAUUAAAUCUGCAAGCAGCAGCCACUCUGUAUCCAUGCUACUGAAAGAAAAAGGGAUGCAGGCUGACAUUGGAGUGUGUGAUGUUCUCACUGAAGGUGCAAGUGCUACAGCUAAACAUGUCAACAGGCUUGAGGUUCCUGUACAGGCUUGUUUAUCAGAAAGCCUUUCAAGUGAAGCACAAGUAAAGGCAGAAAAUGCAUCAUUGCCUUGCAAUCCAACAGCUUUUGUCAACGAUUCGUCAAGAACAUGUGAGAGUCCCAAGGGAACACUGACAGAAGAACCUUCAACAAAAGAACAAGAAAAAAAGAAAACUGCCACCACAACUAUGACACAAAUUCCAACUUAUUUAGCAACAUCUGGCAAGCCAGAGGUGAGGUCUUUUUCAAGCAGUACAAAAAAUAAUGCCACGCCAGUGAAUGCAUCAAAAGAGAUCGAGUUACCCAUACAAGUGAGGUCAAUAUCCACUGAUAGACUAAAGCCAUUUGUACCACCAAAACCCAGCUAUAAACAGUCAUUUGCAGAAAUUAAGUCAGUGUCAAGUGACCCAUCAAAAGCAGAUACUCAAGCAUCGUCUGUUAUUAAACAGCAAACAAUGUUUAGUAGUGAAUCAAAGAAAAAUGAAACACCAUCAACAGUGACACACAUGGAUCAAUCAAACGAGACUUCAUCAAGAGAUACAAAAAGACUGGCUGUAUCAAGCUGCAAACCACCAUCCAUCCCAGUCACGACAACUCCAAGUGUUGUGCAAAAAUCCACCACAAAGACACUGGCCAGUUUGGAUCAACAGCAAUCUUCUGCUUUCUUGCAAACAACCAGCACUUGCCAGCAGCAGACCCCAUCAUUCAGUCAAGAUCAGUCAAUGCUAGAUAGUUCCUUUGCUUCUAACCCAUCAGGACCACAAGCCCCUAUCCACACACCAUCUGAGACAAGGGCAUCAUCUAAUAAUCGUUUUCACACAGAUGACUAUCUUUUCUACGCUUCAGAUGAUCCUCCCAGCUAUGAUGAGCGAGAGAGUUUCAGCCCACUAAAGCUCUCAGACUUACCCCCACAUAGGUCAUGCAGGUAUCAUCCAACAACUAAGCUAUCUCCUUGCUCCUGCACAUCAAGUUCUCAUUCACAUCAAGGACAUCCCAAUAACAGUCCACAGGAACAGGUACCAGCAGCCUCUCCGUCUCCAGGCCAAGUCCUUACCUGUCCCGGAGCUCCUCCGCAAGCUCAAGUUCGUCCUCAUCAGUUCAGACCUGAUGGUCUACCAGUCUCCAAUACCACAAUACCCCAUGCCUCAGCUUUGAUUCAGCCUCUACACAACCCACGAGCUUGCCCUGUUUCAAACUCACAAUCCUAUGUUGAUGACCAUCCACCAGCUUCUGGGCUGCAUGUAGACAGACGCCCAGCCAAUCACCCUUCACCUCAGGCAGCAGGUCCUGCUCCCUAUCAUGAGUAUUCUCAUUCAGCUAACAUGUCUACUCUGGAUCCCAGGCCUCAGUUGUUUAAUCCCCAAGAUUUGCCACCAUCUUUUGGCCAUGAUUAUGCAAAUGAAGGUCCAGGUGGAGCUGGUGUAUUGUAUCCAGAGAAUGCAAGUGGGCUCAGCUGUGGCCAAGGUCCUCGUCGUGUCCUUCUUGAUCCUGAGACUGGUAAAUACUUCUACAUUGAGGUACCAAUGCAACCACUCAGAAAAAUGCUGUUUGAUCCUGAAUUGGGCCAGUAUGUGGAAGUUCUCAUACCACAGCAGGCAAUGUCCCAUUCAGGGCUAUAUCCACCAUCUGCACCGCCCUACUCCUCUUUGCACAGUCCUGGGUUGUAUGCACCACAGUAUCUGCCUUAUGCAGUGCCAUCUUACCCAGCAAUCUCAGGUAGUGCCCCACAAGUUCGCCAUCCGGAGCCACCUCCUGUGCCCACCACACUUCACCAGACUUCCUUAAGGUAUGGAAGCUCUGCAAGCCAGAUGCCAAAAAAUGAACCAAAAGGCCAUUCAUCGCUGGAUCAAAGCUAUCUAGAGAGCAUGUAUUACAUCCCCACUGGGAUGAAUGCAAGCCCAAAUGCAACCCCUUCAGAAUGCUACCACAAGCCAUCAAGCAUGCCUCCUUCAGGGGGACGAAGAGCAUGAAACAUCAGUGGAUACAUGUAGUCUGUUUACAUUUGAAAUUUCUUCUAGUUGGCAGCAUUUUUAAUUUAAGACUAAGAUUGAAACCGUAUUUUUCCGGCUCAUUUCAUUUAAACAUUUACUGUGAAAGACAAUGUGUUAACUCCUCAAGAAGACCCAAAACAGCUUUGCUUUCUUUCUUUUUUCUGACAUUUGACAUAUCAUGGUUGUCAUUGUCUGAUAUAAUUUCAGUGUAUCAUUUAGACAAGUCCUUAACUUUCCUUGUAUAGUCCAGGCUUAUGCAAUAGUAGGCCUUAUCUUGCAAUAGCUGUCAGGGUUUAAUAAACAGUGUCUUCUUUUAACACCCUUAAUAGUUAUACGUUUCUGGAGGGAUUUAUUUUACUGCAAUAAAGUGAUUGGCAUUUUCACCUCUUAAGUGACAUUAUUUAUUCAUUUAUUCAAAUACAUAUGACAUGAUGUAAUUGCUUUGUUUAACACCUUUGGUGUGCACUGGGACGUGCAAGUAGAUGCUGUACAUUUGGGUAAACAAAAAGAAUGUGGAUGAGCAAGAUCCACCAGUUCAUGAGUAUUAAAAUCACAGACAUACUUUCUAUCUUCAGAAGAUUGCCAUUUGCUAUUUUUUACACAUAGAUAUACCCCAUUAAAGAUAAC